AUGUUGCAAACCAGAUCGCAGCGUGUAGCGAACGUGAUUCCCACGGCAGACGUUCCUGUGGCAGCUAGCAGAUCGAACGAAAAUCCAGACAGAUUGCAGACGUUCUUCAACUCGGCGAUGGAACGCUUCUUGAAGGACACAGGGGACGCCCG